CCCCGCCCCGGGGCGGCCCCAGCAUGGCUCCGCCCGACGGCCGUCCAGUGCGCCCUGCGCAGCGCUCGCCCUCUCCGCCGCCACCUGCUGCUCGCCUGCUUCCAAGCUGAGCCCGGAUAUGGCCGGCAAGGCGCACAGGCUGAGUGCUGAGGAGCGGGACCAGCUGCUGCCGAACCUGCGGGCCGUGGGCUGGAGCGAGCUGGAGGGCCGGGACGCCAUCUUCAAGCAGUUCCACUUCAAAGACUUCAACAGGGCCUUUGGCUUCAUGACGAGAGUAGCCCUUCAGGCCGAGAAACUGGACCACCACCCCGAGUGGUUCAACGUGUACAACAAGGUGCACAUCACCCUGAGCACCCAUGAGUGUGCUGGCCUGUCAGAACGCGACAUCAACCUGGCCAGCUUCAUCGAGCAAGUAGCGGUGUCCAUGACCUAGACCCUGCCUUUCCUCUUUGAGCUCCCGCGGAAAGGGGUGACUGAACCGGAAAUCCAGAGAAGGAACAGGGGAGCCCCAAAAUGUUGCCGUAGCUGAAAUCGCCCAGUCUGCCCUGCUGCCCCCACCUAGGGGUGGGUCCUCUCGGGCGAAAGAAAGGCGGCGUCACUGCCAACACCAGGGACUGAGGCCAGGUUUCCCCACACUGGCUCCUCGUCCCCACCCUCUCUGAAGUGCGCACUAAUCUGAACAGGGUCUUCCCACUCUUCACAGCAUCCCAGCAACACGAUUUCUUUCCCAGCUGUAUCUUGCUCCCUUUCUAAUUCAUUUCCCAAGGAGCUGUGAUAGAAGCUGUGUCUAAAAUAGACAAAAUCUUAUCUUAGAAACCAGAACCCUGAUGCCAACCCCCUCCUGUGUGAUAAAAACACACGUGCUUUUAUGUCUCAAAUAAAACUGUUGUUUCCCUUGG